CCCAUCAAGCAUCAGCCGUUGAAAAGCGAAGAAGAAGAGGAAGGAACAAUUCUCCCAUUUCCCACAAUUUCGUAGUACUCGCAGCCACAACACAGCCCAAGAAAGAAAAAUGGCGUCGAACGCGGCGGUUCCGUUCUGGCGUGCAGCCGGCAUGACCUAUAUCACCUACUCCAACAUAUGCGCCAACCUCGUGAGGAACUGCUUGAAGGAACCUUACAAGACUGAAGCCCUUACUCGUGAGAAAGUCCAUUCUCCAUCUCCAAGGGACCGAUGCAAGCCUGAAAGCCCACUCUGCGCUCUGAUUCCCCUGAAGAAUGAGUUUCAAGUUUGGUCAUCGAAGUGUCUAGACAGGAAGGAUUUGAAUCUAGUUUUGUUUGCAAUCUGAAACCCUUCUGGAGCAUGAGAAAGGUUUCAGUGUUCCAGAUGAUGUUGAACGUCGUAAUAAUAAUGCACUUUGCGAAUUGAUUAA